GUUUAGCCUGACUGUCACUAUCAAUCACGACAGCACCUCUAGCUAUCACAAACAUUCAGCUGUUGAGUCGCACACGUGCGCUGCAAAAAUAUUUAUAUUCUAAUUUUUAAAUCAAGUUUUGAGCUGAAAUGAGUGACGAUGAAGAGACCUACGACUCGAGGGCCCACCAACGGCUGCUGCAGGCUAUCGGCAGUCUGGGCAAGGGGCAACACAUUCAGAAAUCCACACGCGAUGAGCGGCAGUCUCGUCAGGAUGAGUUCCAGUUGGUCAAGAGCGUGCCCGUGACGGAAGCGGAGCAUGGGCCGCGAUCGGUGGGCCUCAACGACCUGGUGCAAAUCCUGCGCACCUCUACCAAGCACAGCCAGACGGGAAAGAAACUCAAAAAUGUCCAGAGCACUCGCAAGUUACUCCAGAAGCCGCUAGAGAAACCUCAAGCGGAUCGCAUCAAACGGACCAUUGGAUACGAGGGAGUGACCAAGAAGCUAGGUCGCUGGGAUGCUGUGGUGGCACAACAGCGCUCGGCGGAGACCCAGAUCUUCCCACUUCCCUCGGAGACCAUUUACGUGAAUACGAAAGCUAAUGUGCGCAGAUUAAACACCAGCCUAAAGUCAAACCUGGCAAUGGAGCUCCAGAAGACCGAUCUCAAGCUGCGAGAGCUACGCAAAGCGCAAAUCGGCGACACCACCGAUGAGAAGGCUCUGGCAGAGCAGGAGAGCCAACUGCUCGCAAAGAAGCUCACUAAGGACGAGCUCUUUGCCCGUCGCAAGGAGCUGGCAUACCUCAAGAUGCGAGAGUCGCAGAAGUCGGCAAAGGCACGAAUGCAGAACAAAAUCAAGUCGAAGAAAUACCACAAGCUGCAGAAGCGCCAGAAGAUCAUAGAACAGAUGAAGGAGUUCGAGCUGUUGCAGAAAACGAAUCCCGAGGCGGCGCUGGAGAAACUGAAUGCCUUGGAGAAAAGUCGAGUGCAGGAGCGUGCUAGCUUGCGGCACAAGAACACCGGAACCUGGGCGAAGAAUCUCCAAGUGCGUGCCAAGUACGACAAGGAGGUGCGGAAGGAUCUGGCCGAGCAGUUGGCCGUCAGCAGGGAGCUCACUCAGAAAAAGGAGGAAUCCGAGAGCGAAGAGGAAACAAGAAACCCGGCAGCUGAAGACGAGGAUGAGGACUACGAUCCUUUUAAUCCCUGGACCAAAGGGAAGGCUGCCGAGAACGGAGAAGAAGCUAACGGCGAUGAUGAGGACCCAAACUGGAGGAAAUAUUGGACGGAACGGAAUGAGAACGAGAAACUGUUGGAGCAGCAUCGCAUGGACAUGGACGAGGACAAGGACGAGGAUGAAGUCAAAGAAGAGUCGCAGGAUUCUGAAGAGGGCGAUGAAAAAGAAAUUGUGCUUCCUUCAAAACCAAAACAGGCCAAGAAGACAACCAAAAAGGCCAAAGUUCUUCUGCAAAAUGGAUGGCAGGUGGAAAAAGUCAAGCCGGAAAAGGUCAAGACGAAAAAAGAAAAGGGGAACGUCCAAACGAAAUCCAUUGAAGACAUUUUUGACGAACAAAAUGACGUUUUGAGGGCCAAGCUAACCAAAAAGCUGGAUAAGCUCAAGAAGCAGGUCAACCAACUCAAAAAGACUCCCGUCAAAGGCAAGAAGGCUAACAAAAAGGACGCCCUUAAGAACCUACAGGAUCUGACGUUCAAGAAGAAAAAACAGGUGGAGAUAGAUGAGCCGUUGAACUACGAAGCCGACGAAGAGUCGCCGAAGAACGUCCCCGAGGUUCAAGAGUCCUCUGUUCCCGAAUCCGUAGAAACCCCAUCUACCGACACCAUAGACCCCAACAAAGUUGCCACAAUAGUGUGGAAGCAAAAGAAGACCAACUCGAACGGCAUUAAUGACGUUCUCAUUGACGACGAGGGGGCGGACUACGAAGAGGAUGAUGUGGCUGCUGAUCGCCAGCUAACCAUUAGUCAGGCAUUCGAGGACGACGACAUUGUAGCCGAUUUCAAUCGCGACAAGACCAAGGACUCUGAGCUAAAGAACACGGAAAUCCAGCUAGCCCUUCCUGGAUGGGGUUCUUGGGCUGGUGCCGGCAUUUCCAAGGAAGUGAUGGAGCGCCGCAACAAGCGACUUCUGCUGAAGCUGGCGGCUCCAGAGAAGCGUCGAGAUGAGAACAAGGACAAUCUCUAUCUUAACGAAAAUGGUAGCAAGCAGGCGCGCGAGCACUUGGUCUCCAGUGUCCCAUUUCCGUUCCGCUCUUUGGCCGACUAUGAGGCCAGUAUUCGAGCCCCGAUCGGACGGACUUUUGUGCCGGAGACUGCUUUCCGGAUGCUGACACGACCGGCAGUCAUUACUCGCAAGGGCCAGGUCAUUAAUCCCAUGGACGAGAGUGAGCUGGUUAAGCCGGACAGACGUCUGCGUCAUGUCGUAGACAGGAGAAUAAAGCGGCUGCCGAAAGUACCUUCCAAGAUAAAAAAAACUUAGAUAUAAAAUAUAGUUACGAAGAUCAGAAAAUAUACCGUUGUAAAUUGAUAAAAUAA